GGGUCUCGGUGGAACCAAUGUCUACUUCAUUUUAUUUUAUUUUGCAUGGUUAGAGAGAGAAAGAAGGGAGAGAGAGAGAGAGAGAGAAGGCAAUGGAGGAUGAGUCACCAUUCAAGGCAGAGAUAGUAAAGGGGAAGGUGGCCCUGUUGACCGGAGGAGCUUCAGGUAUUGGAUAUGAGAUUUCGUACCAAAUGGGCCUCCAUGGAGCCUCCAUUGCCAUCAUGGGUCGUCGAAAACACGUCCUUGAUUCUGCUGUUGCUACCCUUCUAUCCCAUGGCAUUUCUGCUAUUGGGCUGGAGGGAGAUGUUCGCAAAAGAGAGGAUGCAAUUAGAGUUCUAGAUUCAACUGUCAAGCAUUAUGGCAGGCUUGACAUCCUUGUAAAUGCUGCAGCUGGCAAUUUCCUUGUGCCAGCAGAGGAUUUAUCCCUUAAUGGAUUUCGAACAGUUAUAGAUAUAGAUUCUGUUGGCACUUUUACGAUGUGUCAUGAAGCACUCAAAUAUCUAAAGAAAGGAGGAAUAGGGAAGGACCCAUCAUGUGGUGGAACGAUUAUCAACAUAAGUGCAACUUUGCAUUAUACAGCAACCUGGUAUCAAAUUCAUGUAUCUGCUGCCAAGGCAGCUGUUGAUAGCAUUACAAGAAGCUUGGCGUUGGAAUGGGGCACAGAUUAUGAUAUCAGAGUAAAUGGAAUUGCACCGGGGCCUAUUGAAGAUACUGCUGGGUUUAGUAAACUUGCACCUGAAGAGAUAUUGGGCAGUGCCAAAGAGCAUGUUCUUGCUGAUAAUAAAAUGGGAAAGAAAUGGGAUAUUGCUAUGGCUGCAUUAUAUCUUGCAUCUGAUGCUGGAAAAUACAUCAACGGAGCAACAUUAGUAAUUGAUGGGGGAGAUUGGCUGGGAAAGCCCCGCCAUACUCCUAAGGAGGCAGUGAAAGAAUUAUCACGAGUAGUGGAGCGGAGAUCUAGAGUUGAAUUGAUCGGAAUUUCUAAGAGCAAGCUUUAAUAGCUCCCUCUGAUGACUUUGGUCCCUAGGUACCACAAAUACUAAUGUUGCUGCUUCAAGAGCAAAAAGAAAAAGUUUUUGUUGCUGCUGCAAAAUGACAAUGCAAGCAAUGCAUGGUAGUAUAUAUUUUGUUUUCUGUUUCUCCUUGUUUCUGUUUUCCUUUUGUGUUUGUUUGUUUUGUGGGGGAGGGUUUGGGGAAUGUUCUUAUUACGUCCUUCUGCAAUGGUUAAGUCAAGCAAGUAACCAAGCAGGGACUCAUUGACGAACUCAGUGUCAGCUUUCUUAAUUUGCAUACCGUAUCCUUCUGUUUAUUUUCAUACAACAUUUUACUCUAUUCCCCUGUCUAUGUAUCUAUCAUCUUCAAUUCCUCCUCCACCAUGAAUCAAAUCAAACGGUGCGUUUGGGAGUAAUUCCUAAAGCUCAAAAAAAACGUUUCCAAGGUAUUCAAAGCACUUCUUAUAAUGUUUGGAGAAAAAUAUAUUAAAAGUGAUUUCAAUGAUUUUGUGUUUUAGAAAA